UGCCAGGGCGAAGAAGUAUUACAUGGUGGGAUACAAUACAACCAGCAAGACGUGGCGGCUAUGGGACCCGGCGGAACCACUCAAAACUACAACCUCUGCUGAAGUGUCAUUCCGCGAGGUAGAUGCCCGCGACGUCGCUCGCCCCAUGCACGGGUCUGACCCAUUUCCCGAACAAGGCCAGAUUUUCCAGCCCGGCAUCAUCACUGGGGCCGAGACAAAAGACGAGGAACCAGAACCGGCAGAAACGAACGACGGACCGGACGAAGAAUCACCCGCGGUGUGCAAANGUUCCAGCCCAGCAUCAUCACUGGGGCCGAGACAAAAGACGAGGAACCAGAACCGGCAGAACGAACGACGGACCGAACGAAGAACCGUCCGCGGUGCGCAAAAGCGGUCGCACGACGAAGCCGCGGGACCGUCUGAACCUGUUUACGACGGAGCACGUGUUCGAAACAGGAUACGCGCAGGUGAUCGGAGGACGGCGUUCCUCCACACGAGGAUGGAACGGGGAUCGAAACCAGUGUACGUCAUUCCCCCGGAAGGAUUCUCGUGCGACAGCGAGCAUGCCAGGCAGGUGUUGUCAGCGGAGGAUAACACAUAUUUCCGCUCCGCCACAGGCUCGCUUCUAUAUCUCAGCAGGUGCACAAGGUCCGACAUUACUCACUCCGUGAUGGUUCUGACGCGGACUAUGGCAAGACCAGGUCCGAAGGCUAUGCAGAAACUCAAACGCGUACUCAGGUACCUGAAAGGGACGAUAUCAAUCGGUGUACGCUACGGCGAGGAUGCCGAAGAUGGUGACGUCAUUACGGCGUUUGUCGACUCAGACUUUGCAGGCGACCUAGACAAGGGCUACUCCACCACGGGAGUCGUGCUGUACUUCGGUGUCGAAGCAGAGUUCGUGGCUUUGUCAAAGGGGUGCAACAUCAUCAAGUACUUCCGCCACCUGCUGGACACCAUAAAUCAGACGCAGGAAGAAGCAACCACCGUGGUGUGGGAAGGCAACUCGGGAGCUCUGAAAUUAACUCGCAGCUUCCAUAUGAUCCCAAGGACUAAGCACAUUGACGCAAAGUUUCACCACGUAAGGUCGCUGGUAGCUGAUGGAGUCGUAGACGUGAAGCAAAUAUCGACGUCGCUUCAGCAAGCGGAUAUUUUUACGAAAGGGCUGAACCCGUCGGAGUUUCUCCGCGCCCGUGGCAUGCUGCUAGGAGUUUAA